GGUGAACUUAAAUUCACAUAACACUAUUUUUUUUAUGAAUCUAUAGGAGCAUGUGCAACGGCAAGGAAGAAGAAUGCCUUGUAUUGCCACAUCAAUUCCUUCCUCUCAUAUCAUGACAUGACAAGAACAAAAUACCUUGCUUACAAAGUCGGCUCUCAACAAAAACAAAACCCACAAUUCAAACAUCAAAGCUGCUGCCGACCUUCAAUACGCUGUGCAGAGAAGAUAUUUCUGAGCGUGAAUUGCAGGGGAAGAAUUGCUUUUAACAAUUCAUGGGGGCGAUUGAUUUUUGCCAGAAUCCAUCAAUCUGCAUUUCAAAGUCCAGGCCCAAUUCUCGAACUGAAACGCAUUGGAAGAGAAGGGUUUCGGUUGUGGCAUCUUCUUCUGUGCCUAUCAAGGAGAAGAGUCAGUCUGGAGAAGUUGCCCGCGGGGCAUCAUUCAUCCGCCCCCAUCUCCAGAAUCUCAAACCCUAUCAGCCCAUUUUACCCUUUGAGGUGUUAUCAGCUCGACUUGGCAGGAAGCCUGAAGACAUUGUAAAAUUAGAUGCCAAUGAAAACCCUUAUGGUCCACCGCCAGAUGUUUUAGAAGCUCUGGGAUCGGUAGAAUUUCCCUAUAUUUAUCCUGACCCUGAAAGUCGUAAGUUGCGAGCUGCACUUUCUGAGGACUCUGGACUUGAGUCUGAGUAUAUUCUUGCUGGGUGUGGUGCAGAUGAACUCAUUGAUUUGAUAAUGCGGUGUGUAUUGGAUCCUGGCGAUAAAAUUGUUGACUGCCCACCAACCUUUACUAUGUAUGAAUUUGAUGCAGCUGUUAAUGGUGCGCAUGUUAUCAAGGUACCUCGGCACACAGACUUUAGCCUGGAUGUGGAAAGGAUUGCUGAAGUUGUUGAGAAGGAAAAGCCUAAAUGCAUAUUUCUAACGUCUCCCAAUAACCCAGAUGGAAGCAUAAUCAAUGAUACCGAGCUUCUGGAAAUACUUAAUAUGCCAAUAUUGGUUGUACUUGAUGAAGCAUACAUUGAAUUUUCGGGCAUUGGAUCAAGGAUGACAUGGGUGAAGAAGUAUGACAAUCUCAUUGUUCUACGCACAUUCAGCAAACGAGCUGGUCUAGCUGGGCUCCGUGUGGGAUAUGGGGCGUUUCCCCUGAGCAUGAUUGAAUACAUUUGGAGAGCAAAGCAACCCUAUAAUGUGUCUGCAGUUGCUGAGAUUGCUGCUUGUGCUGCAUUAAGGAACCCCACCUAUCUUGAGAACGUAAAAGUGGCACUUGUACAAGAAAGGGAGAGGCUAUAUGAUCUCUUGAAAGAAGUUCCCUUUCUUGACCCAUACCCAAGCCACUCCAACUUCAUUCUUUGCAAGGUUACAUCUGGAGUGGAUGCUAAAAAAUUAAAGGAAGACCUGGCUAUGAUGGGCGUGAUGAUCAGGCAUUACGCCAGCAAGGAAUUGUGUGGUUUCGUUCGUGUCUCUGUCGGUAAGCCCCAGCACACCGAUGCACUAAUGGAGGCCCUGAAACACUUCUACUAGAGGCCAAAUUUGUAAGAGGAAUGCUUGAAUCACAAAGUGAUCAUAGAUAUCACAAACUUACCCUUUUUGAAUUAAGUUCCAAAAAUAAAUAGUAUAAAAUAAUUUAGAAUUUUAGACAGUGAAAAUUUAAUACAAAAAUGGUAAGUUUGUGAUGUUUGUGACAACUUUGUUGGUGACUCUUUGCUCUUUGUCAAGGGUCUUUCUAGUGAAAUAGUGUGAUGGGCAAUAACGGAUAACAAUAUUGGGUCAGCAAGAUAUUUGAGAUUUGAAUAAAGUUAGACUUUUGGCUUACAUUUAUCAAUGUAUGAUGAUACGAUUCCCAAUAUUUCUAUUUUCUCUAAAUAAAUGUCAGUAAUUGAU